AUGUCCGAUAGUGUUGAUCGCGUGUUCGUCAAAGCAAUCUCCACCAUUAGAGCUUUAUCAUCGCGCUCUAAUUAUGGCUCGUUACCACGUCCACCCGCGGAGAGUCGAAUUAAGCUAUAUGGAUUAUACAAGCAAGCUACAGAAGGGGAUGUUAGAGGGGUAAUGCCUCGUCCUGUGGGAUUCACUCCGGAAGACGAAGGGGCUAAGAAGAAAUGGGAUGCGUGGAAACGUGAGGAAGGGUUACCCAAAACAGAGGCAAAGAAACGAUAUAUAGCCUUUUUGAUAGAAACUAUGAAGGUUUACGCCAGUGGUACCCACGAAGCACGCGAAUUGUUGAAUGAGUUGGAAUACCUUUGGGACCAAAUCAAGGAUUUGCCAGUAUCGGACGAUGAAAAUGAUAAUAAUCUCCAGUUUCCAUCUAAUGCACCUCUGUUUAGCCAUACAGAUCGUCUUUCCAACAGGACACCAAGCAUUGGAGGCUAUGGGUCAAGAGGUGGCCCUGGUUCAACAGUGGGGCUGAAUUUGAAUGCCAUAUACUCGCAUUCGAGACAGAACACCAUGUCAUUAAACGAUUACGUGCACCAACAGAGGUUACAAAGUCAACAUCCCCAACCAUUAACUGGCCACUCGACCCAGCCGCACACCCAAUAUGAGACAGGUUCACAUAAGGCAGGAUUUGGCGGCCCAGGAUCAAUUUACUCAGUGCCUGCGCGAGGAGCUGGCACCAACAAUGUUUCUGAUGAGUUUAAGAACUGGCAGAGUGAAGUUAAUGCCAUUAUCAACCGACUUACGAGGGAGUUUGUCAAUAGUAGAAGGAGAAGCCAGGAAGAGAUCCCCGAUGAAGCUGAAGAACAAGAACUGUCAUUGGACGAGUACGAGAUUAAAAAGAGAAAGGUCAUUGCUCUUUUGAAGGUUGUUGGACUCAAUGCAUUAAAAUUUCUAAAGAACUUUGCCGUAAGUUUGUUCACCAUUUUGUUCAUCGUUUGGUGUGUCAAGAAGAACGUUGUGGUGAAGCGAACAUUUACCAAGCAAGAAACUGUUAAUGGCAAGGCUAAGAAGGAAAUGAUCAUCAAUAUGGUUUUGAAUACCGAUGAAAAUAGAUGGUUCAUUAGGUUAUUGAAUUUUGUCAAUAGUUUUGUAGGCUUUGUAUAA